AUGGACAGCGGCGAAGAGGUGCAUUCGGUCAGUGAGCCACUGCCUGCGUACCUGCUCCCUCAGGAGCCCUACUUCUCUGUAGUCAAGUCAAUCCUGAGGCCCCCACUAGGGCCAAAGCUGCAGGAUGCGCAGCUGCUGCACUUGUGGGAUUAUCUGCCGGACAAGGACAGCGGUUUCCCUGACGGCUUCCCAGAAGCCUUCAAGCUGGCGCACCAGGCAGCCAUCUGGGGAGUUCCCUCCGUCCAGGUAGCCACGGCGUUCACUAAGAGCGCGCUCAAUAAGACAUCGCCCUUCCCGACCCUCUCCAUCAACGCGGUUGUCAACUACGCAGACCCUCUGGACGGCACUCGGCAGCCACAGGCACGUUCGUCAACUUGA